GAUUCGUAUUACACGUGAACGAGAGCUUUGGACGUAAGGAACGUCGAUGUUCUUUUUCUAAUUAUUACUGCAACAAUGCCUGAACAUGAGUUUUCAAAUCCUUUGCCGCCAAGCAACAUGCGGCAUGCUUCAACAGAGGAUGAUUCUGGGCUGACGAAGCUGUCUAAUGAUGACUUUCGUAAACUUUUGAUGACUCCACGAGACACACCGGGUGAGGCUCCGCCUUCUUCCAGACCAACACAGCAGAAACCGAUUGUGAAGGAUUAUAAUGAAGAGGAUGAUCCCAGGGCAAGAAGGCGCAAGAAAAAGAGUUACUAUGCGAAGCUCAAGAAGCAGGAGAUGGAGAGGGAAGAAGAAUUGGCAAAGAAAUACAGAGACAGGGCUGCAGAAAGAAGAGAUGGGAAAACGGAUUACGAUGAAACUGAAAUUGUCAGCACAACAGCAAACUACAAGGCCGUAGCUCCUAAUGCACCAGCAGAUUCUGCAGCAUCUAAUAGGCGUAAGCAGCUCAUUGAGGAGAGUAAAUAUCUGGGUGGUGACAUGGAACAUACUCACUUGGUGAAAGGUCUGGAUUAUGCUCUGCUACAUAAGGUUCGAGCUGAAAUCAACAACAAGGAGAGAGAAGUAGAAGAUGUUCUGGAGAGUACUUACCAGACUAAACCUAAAGAAGUGGAUGCUGAAGAAAAUAUCCAGUUCAAAGGCAGGAUGGCAAGGAACAUCUACCGUAUAGUAUUCAAGAUGCACCAGCCUCAGCGUAACGAGUCCUUCCUUCCUGGCCGCAUGGCUUACCAAGUUGAUCUAGAUGAUGAGUUUGCUGAGACAGAUAUCCCAACCACAUGCAUGAGAAGCAAAGCUGACUGUCCAACUGUAGAAUCACAAGCAACUCUGACUACCAAUGACAUUGUAAUCAACAAGCUGACCCAGAUUCUAUCCUAUCUUCGACAAGGCCAAAGAGGAAAGAAACUCAAGAAGAAAGAAAAGGGCAAACUGAAGGAUGAAAAGAUGGAUAAAGCACAUGUUGGAGAAGAUAAUAUCUUUGGUGAUCUUGGAAGCUACCACCCAUCUUACAACAAGCCCAAGGAACCUCCCAAACCCCGGGAGAAGGAGAAAGAGAGGGAGAGAGACAGAGGCCGUGACCGCGAUAGGGAGCGAGACCGAGACCGACCCAGCCGGGAUUACGAAAGACCCCGAGAGAGUGACAGGGACCGACAGAACCGGGACUACGAGAGACCGAGAGAGAGCGAGAGGGACAGAGACCGUGACAGGAAUAGAGAUAGAGACCGGGAUAGACAGAGGAUGGAUAGGGGCCGGGAUUAUAGGGACAGUGAUCGGGACCGUGAUCGCAGACCAAGGUCAAGUUAUUUUGAGAAACCUAAGGAGGCUGAUGAGGAAUUUGACAAGCCUCCUUCUGCUGAUAAACUCUUGCAAAGCAUCAGUGAAAAGUUUGGAAAGCCUCCACCGGAAAAAGAGGAUGAAUCUCGCUUCAGAGCCGGUUGGGAAAAUGAUGAUAAAGCUCAGUCAUCACGUGACAGAGGCAUUGCCUUGACUGGAGAGGGAGACAGACAGAAGUCGAGACAGGGCAAAAAAGGAGGUAACUUUGACAGCUACUUUGAAUGUUACCCAGGUGCAAUGGAAACAGCUGAUGCUCUGGAUGAUUCUGAUGAUGAAGUAGAUUACUCUAAAAUGGACCAGGGUAACAAGAAAGGUCCUGUAGGAAGAUGGGAUUUUGACACUGCAGAGGAAUACAGUGACUAUAUGAACCAGAAGGAAGCUUUGCCAAAAGCUGCAUUUCAGUUUGGAAUCAAGACAUCCGAGGGAAGGAAGACAAGAAGAGCUCACACAGAGAAGAAUGAGAAGGCUGCACUAGAUAGAGAAUGGCAGAAAAUUAGUCAGAUCAUUGCAAAGAGGAAAGAGACUGGAGAGGGAAAAAGGGAAGUUGACUACAAACGACCCAAGUACUGAUUAACCGGUUCGUGUUUGGAUAAAUGUAACAUUUUGUAUAUAACAAAAAAAUAUUUCUUGAUGAAGUCAUUGUCAGAAUAAUAAGAUGUCAUUGGGCAUCUAUGAUUUCAGCACCAUCUAAGGAACAGAAGAGCAUCAUCUUAACAUGUUUUCUUGGAUAUUUGUGGAGGGCGGAAGGAGGUUUAACCCUAAAAAGACUGGGGGGGCUGAUUCAGCCCCCUUCUCGACAUUUUUCGCGAUAAAUCUGUAAUGCGAAAAGCUGGCGCCGCGCCGUUCCAUGACUUUUUUCUUUCAAGUCUUGCGCAACUUUUGAGACCAAAUUUGCGACCCCCGAGUACGUGGUUCCGAAAUUACGCAACAUUUCUUAAGUACAUGUCGACCCAAAAUUGCUAAAAAACGUGAAUUUGUGUACAAAUCCAAUGCAAAUUGUGUUUUCAGCCAAAAUUCAUAAAUGUAUCAUUAUUUUCAAUUUUACUAAUCAAACUAAAUUAAUUUCAUCUUGUCUAUGGUCAGAAUAAAGUCACGGAUGAUUUUCAUUG